GGCCGAGAGGCGGAAAGCGGGGAGCCGGCUCCGAGCGGGACGGUCUGAGGACAGUCACAGUCACUGUCCGGGGCAGCAGCUGAUCGCCGAUUUCACUGGCCAGUGAGAACAUAUCUCAAAGAUGGGAAAUAUUUUUGCAAACCUCUUCAAAGGCCUUUUUGGCAAAAAGGAUAUCAAGUUGCUGAUGGUUGGGCUGGAUGCUGGAGGGAAGACUACUAUUUUGUACCAGCUGAAACUUGGUGAAACAGUAACUACUGUUCCUACUGUAGGUUUCAAUGUGGAAACAGUAGAACACAAGAACAUUAGCUUCACAGUCUGGGAUGUCUGUUCUCAGGAUAAGAUCAGACCACUCUGGCGCCACUAUUACCCGGAUACACAAGGUCUCAUUUUUGUGGUUGACAGUAAUGACAGAGAGCGACUGAGCGAGGCCAGAUAUGAGCUCAUGAGAGUGUUGGAAGAUGAUGAGCUGAGGGAUGCUGUUUUAUUAGUGCUUGCUAACAAACAGGACCUGCCCAACGCGAUGAAUGCAGCAGAAAUCACGGACAAACUGGGACUGCAUUCUCUCCGUCACAGGAACUGGUACAUCCAGGCCACCUGUGCCACGAGCGGGGACGGGCUCUAUGAAGGACUGGACUGGUUGUCCAAUCAGCUCCAAAACCAGAAAUGAAACCAUCGCCCUUCCUCUUCCCUCUUCUGCCACCCUCCCCUCUUUAUUUCCUCCUC